GCGGGGCUUCCAAACCAACCAAGCCAACCAGGCGGCCUUUCCCUUCUUGCCCAAGCCCCCACGUCAUCGCUGUCCAUCGCGUGCCUGGAUACCAGGGUACGGACGCCAUCUCCUCGAGCUAUUUGCUACCGCGAGCCAAAACUUGGAUCAACUUGUUCUUGUUAUUCCAGGACCAUUCUUUGUCUGCGGUGCGGUGUUGUUAUAUCUUUCAAUCGCUCCCGCACUUGAUCGACUUAAUCACCAUCAGUCACCCACAAGCAGACGUCUCCGAACAAAUCAUCCUCUCGGCCCAGCACAUAGGAGGCGGCGAGGUACUUAGCAGUAGCCCACAGAAUCGCUGCAUCUUCCAUCUUGUCGCGUAUAGCACGAGCCUAGACCCCAUCAAGAGACACCGAAGCGGCAGACAAGAGACGCAGGCAAAAGACGGAGGCAAAAGGCUCAGACAACGUCGCGCAAUACAACAAACAUUUUAACCAGGAAAAGCUUGGCAAAUAAGCGUCAAGAUGGGCCUGAUCUCAGCAGGCCUCGCCUACCUCGUCUUCUCCGCAAUCCACAUCGUCCAGUUCGCACUCGCCAUCACCGUCUGCGCCCUCUAUGGAAUCGACUUGAGCCGGGCGAGCAAGGCAGGCGUAGACGCCGACAGCAAAUGGGUCUACGCCGAAGUGGUCGGUGCCUUGUCCGCCGUCACCGCCCUGUUGUAUCUGGUACCCUUCAUCCUGCGCUUCUGGCUUGUCUGGGCCUGGAACCUGGUCCUGUUCAUCCUAUGGAUUGCUCUCUUUGGGGUCUUUGGCAAGAUGUACAUCAACGAGGACGCUGAGGGCGACAAGGGUGUGCAGCGCAUGAAGAACGCUGUUUGGGUCGACCUCGCCAACGCCAUUCUGUGGUUCCUCACCUUUGUCGGUGCUGCUGCAUACUGGUUCAGCCACCGUGAGAGGCACAGCCGCUUCACCGGCCGCGCCAGGGUUUAGGUGACUGACAAGUCCCGUGCCCUGCCCUGGUCAUGCAGCAAGAACGAAGAGCGCAAUCAUAACGUCGAGGCGAACCCGUUCGGUACGCCGCCGCCCGCCGGGCAGGCCGAGAGCUUGGAUAGUGCGGUACGCUGCCGCAGGAGGGCCGGCGAGCUGGAGAGGGAGGAGGGGGUGAUUGGUGCGAAUCGAGCGUGAUUGACCUGUUCUUGGUUCAGUUCUUGUACAAGUGAAUCUUGGGUUUUUGGGUUCUAGUAGGCAUGUUGCAAACGACAGGCGCGCUGCUCCACGAUUGAUACCACGCCCUCGGUCUGAGGGAUCAGCGUUUGAUUUCUUCUCUCUGCAAAGAUAUCCAGAUACCACCAACCGCAACUAAUACUUGAAUUUUUGUUCCAACAUCAGAGGUCCCAAACUGAGUGUGAUCGGAAGACUUGAUGAUGGCGCCGUUCUCAAGAUCUCCUGUCUCGCAGGGCACAUAAUCUCGCCUGAACAAGGCAACAUUCCCUUAGCAAUCAUGUGCGACAGCCGCCUCCUCUUGGCCGUCCGUCAGAUCGAAGCUUGUGAAAAGAUCAUCGUCGAAUUUUCCCCCCUCGCCAAAAAAAUCUGUUGAUCGACACGACCUUCGACGGAGACGCAGCUUCCCGUCGAGUCCCAGGCCAAGUUUUCCGUGUGGUUGGGCAAGGGUCACGGCUGUCUACACGUCCCACUCAUCUACCGGAAGAUGAAAGAAGAUCUUUACCCACACGGCCAACAGGCAGAACAACAACUUCUGCCCAUAUAUUCCCCGAGAUCUUCGAAAACUUUCGCCCAACACUGGGCCGCCAGAACUACCACUCAUUGCGGGCACCUGUCAAGGGGCCUGCUAGCCUGCUAGCCUGCUAGCCAGCCUAGCUCGGCAAAUCGCACUGACGUCACCGUACAGAUUAAUCCCGUGCAACGCCGCCCAAAGCUUUGCCAGGCUCCUCUUUCACG